CCUUCAUUCUGGAGGCAAUCAUGCCCGGGAGAAGGCCGCCAAAGGCAGUCCCAAAUGCCGAAAGGGAACGCAAAGCAAUUCCCCUGGACAUAAAAUUAGAACUGUUACGACGGUUUGAAGUGGGCGAGAAGCUCAGCCAGAUCGCAAAGGCCUUGGACCUUGCUGUCUCUGCAGUGGCGACGAUCCGAGAUAAUAAAGAAAAAAUAACAGUGAGUUCCCAAGUAGCUACUCCCUCAAGGGCCGCUCGGUUGACUCGCCAUCGAAGUGCAGCCAUGGAGACUGUGGAGCCGGUGCGCCUGUGGCUGGAAGACCAGAGCCAGCGGAACCUGCCGCGUGUUGCCAUGAUCCAGGAGGAGGCUAAGAGUUUGCUUGAUGACUUACAGCGUGAACUGGGGGAAAGCUCUCAAAAAGAAACCUUUGGUGCCAGUAAAAGGUGGUUUGUUUGGUUCAAGGAGCGCCAUCGUUUGCCCCACUUCCAGAUGAAUGGCACAGCUUCUAGCAACCGGGACACAUACCGGGAAGCGCUGAAAAGCAUCAUCGAAGACGGUGAGUACACCCCCCAGCAAGUUUUUAAUGUCGAUGAGAUAGGGCUUUAAUGGAAGAGAAUGCCUGAAGGAACGUUUAUUUCUGUGGAGGAAAAAGCUCAGCCAGGGUUUCAAUCGUCCAAAGACCGUUUGCUGCUGCUGCUUGGUGGCAACGCAGCUGGGGACUUUAAGUUGAAGCCCUGACUGGGGUACCACUCAGCAACCCCCCGCCCGGGCUCUGAAGGGGUUCUCCAGGCCCAAGUUGCCUGUGCUUUGGCGCUCAAACGGAAAGGAUCUCUGGACCCUGGCAACCAAGAGCAUUUUUCUUGAAUGGUUCAAGUACUUUUUUUGUCCUGCUGUUGAAAAAUACUGUGCCAAAAAUAACCUAAGCAACAAAGCAUUGCUCAUCCUGGACAAUGCACCAUGCCACCCAGUCAGUUUGAGUGACCUGUCUGAUCAUGUAAGAGUGGAAUAUCUUCAUGACAAUGCAGCUGACUCCAUCCAGCCCAUGGGUCAAGGCGUAGCCUCCACCUUCAAAGCUCACUACCUGAGAAGGACUUUUGAGCACAUGCCAGCUAGAAGCAACAGAUGGGGAGGAUACAGCUACGAUCAGGGAGUUUUGGAGAAACUACAACAUCUUGGAUGCUGUAGACAACAUUGCAAUAGCUUGGGAGGCACUCAGGCCAGCAACAAUGAACAGUGUGUGGAAGAAAAUUUGGCCCCGGUGUGUUCACUUCCAGAAUUUUUCCCAAACAGAUAACAUUGCACAGCUUCAAAAAAACCAUGAUGACCCUUGCCAGGACUCUGGCUUUUGAAGAGCUUGUGAAGUUGACGUGGACCAGGUGCUACAGUCACAGGAGGAUGCUCUUUCUAGUGAGGAGCUGAUGCAGCUGGAACAGGAGCCAGCAGGAGAGGAGGAGAGUGAAGACACUUAACCGGCUCUGUGUCAACUAACCACAGGAGAACUCUCAGCACCCUCUCACAUUUUGAGGCUGGCUUACAGAUCCUUACCAGUAGCAGCCCAAUGAUGAGUGGAAACUGAAAGCUUCGAGAGCCAUCAGUGGUGCCAUAAAUUGCUACAGGGAAUUGUAUAAUGGGAAAAAGCGAUGGUUAAAGCAACUAUCUUAGGUUGUUUUCAGUGUGUCUAACCAAAAGUUAAAGUAAAGCCAGAAGCAACAAAAUGACCUCAAUGGAUGAGGCUCAGCCAAGUCUCUCUGCUUCCAGAGAUUUAACAUCCCUGAAAACCCUAUUUCUGAUAUUUUAAUUUUGAGACUUGAGUAUCAAAUUUUGUCAUUAAAAAUUUAUUUAAAUA